CGGUAACAAUCGAACCGACCUGAAUAUCUUUCGUUUGUCAGCUGAUAAGAUCCAAAUGACGAUUUUAUCUCGCUGACAACCCGAUAGGAGCUGACUGCGCUAAUACUUUAUUUGUGUUGACCAUUAUAGACAUGAAAUGUCUUACAGAAACUUAAUCAAACUCUUACCCACGUUUGGAACAGACCGAACUCUGAUUCGUUGCCAGCCAUCGUUGACGAUGAGCCAGUCUAGAGCUGGUGUAUCGAGCACUGUUGACAGUCCUCAAUCCUCAGGAACGGCGGAUCCAUCGGUCUCAGAAAAGAAGGACGACGACAUGCCUUUCAUUGUAGGACACGACAAAAAGAAAAAGUGCUUCUACAUUAAUAUAGAGCUUGAUGGAAAGAGAAGAAAGGAUACUGCUGUUUUGGAGUAUGAUUGGAUCCGGCCUGGUUUUGUAGACCUGUAUCAUACUGGGGUACCCCCAGCCUAUAGAGGACAGGGUAUAGCAAAGAUAUUGGCUAAGGCAGCACUGGAACACUUUGCAGCAGAAAAUGCCAAAAUGAAGCUUAGCUGUUCCUAUCUUCACAAAUAUGUCCAGGAAACUCGCCUACCUCGUGUGUGGGACCUUGUGUGUUGGGAUGAGUGACAGCUACAAAUUGAUGUGUUCUUCCUCAUGUAUUCAACAACAUCAAUACCCAAUCACAGAUUACCCAACAUGUCUCACCGAUACCUUAUCACAAAUUACCCACUAUACCUCACUGAGACACCCUCACACAUUAUCAAACAUGUCCGACACCCCCCCCCCCCCCCCCCCC